GAGACGCUCUUCUUCGAGGGCCCGCCGUCCAUCACGGAGCUCGUGCUGCCGGCGAUCUCGAUCAUCACGAUCAUCGGCGUCGUCCCGUUCCUGGCCGCGGCCGCGCGGCAGGUCUGGGUCAAGUACAAGAUCACGAGCCGGCGCAUCUCCGUCCAGAGUGGCCUCGGGGGCAACGACUUCACGGAGAUCAUCUACUCCGACAUCGUCGACCUCAAGUACGUCUACCGGGGCUCGAAGGAGGUCGGCGACAUGGUCAUCGAGCUCCGCGACGGCGCCAAGCUCGAGAUGCGCCACGUGCCCAAGUUCCAGGACAUCUACAAAUACAUCUACUCGCUCUGCUCCGAGGAGUGCCAGGCGACGGCCGCCUCCAUGAAGUAG